AUGCCGACCAUUCGCCGAGUCCAGCCCUCCGACCUGUUCCAUCUCAACUUGUGCAACCUCGAUCCGUACACGGAAAACUAUGACCUAAACUUCUACCUGACAUAUCUGAUGAGAUGGCCUUCGUUGUUCCAAUGUAUUGAAGAGCACGGCCAAAUUGUCGGCUAUAUUAUUGGUAAAGUUGAGACAUCGCCGGCCAAUCUACAAGGAACGCCACAUUACUUACCAUGGCAUGGCCACAUCACGGCCCUGUCAAUAGCACCACAAUAUCGCCGGCUGGGAUAUGGGAAACUUCUGAGCGAGUCGCUUGAGAAGGCUUGCAAUCAACAGAAUGCCUGGUUCGUGGAUCUCUUCGUUCGGGCAAGCAACAAGAAUGCCAUCAAAAUGUAUCAAAGCAUGGGCUACUCGACCUACCGCAUAGUGGUUAAGUACUACUCGGAUGAUCCCACUGGGGUUUCGAAGGAGGGAGAGGAUGCCUUGGAUAUGAGGAAGCCCCUUGAUCGGGACAAGGACCGCAUCCACGUCAGGGAGAACGGGGAGAGUUUCAGGGUCGAUCCGGAGGAUGUCUUCUGA